AUGUUCCUGCUCACGGUUUCUGCUUUCUUGCUGGGUGGUGUAGUCCAUUCUCAGGAUAUGCCAUAUGAGUACUACCUGGCACAGAUGAGAACAUGUCCCAAAGAGUGUCAUUGCCCUCCCAGCAUUCCCAACACAGUCUAUUGUGACAACAAGGGCCUGAAAACCAUUCCCUCAGUGCCACCACAUACCUGGUACUUGUACCUGCAGAACAACCAGAUUGAGGUUGUUUCCUCAGACUCCCUGCGUAAUGCCACCCAACUCCGCUGGCUCAACCUUAAUCGCAACAAAAUCACCAGUGCUGGGGUGGAGGAAGGGGUGUUUCUUAGCCUAGCUAGUCUUCUCCACCUCUACAUGGAAGACAACCUGCUGACUGCUAUUCCCACUCCGCUACCUCCCACUCUGGAACAGCUUCGCCUCUCCAAGAACCAGAUCUCCAAAAUCCCCCCAGGUGCCUUCAUUGGGCUGGACCACUUGGUACUGCUGGACUUGCAGGGCAACAAGCUGCAAGAUGAUUCAGUGACUGAAGCUAGCCUGAAGGGGCUCACCAACCUUGUUCAGAUAAACCUGGCUAAAAAUGGCCUGAAGAACAUGCCUCUUGGCCUGCCACCCACCACCACCCAGCUCUUCCUGGAUGGUAACAGCAUUGAAAAGAUCCCCACAGACUACUUCAAGGACCUGCCAAAGGUUGCCUUCCUUCGACUCAACCGGAACAAGCUAGUUGAUGGUGGGCUGCCCAAGCACAUCUUCAAUCUAUCCAGCAUCCUAGACCUGCAGUUGUCCCACAACCAGCUUACUCAGGUGCCGCAGAUACCUGCAAGUUUAGAGCACCUUCAUCUCAACAACAAUCAAAUCAAAAGUGUGAAUGGAACCAGCAUCUGCCCUGCAUCUACCAGUGCCAUGGACAAUUAUGUCCAGGACCAAGGCCCCCAGCUGCGCUACCUCCGUCUUGAUGGCAACGAGAUCAAGCCACCCAUCCCUGUGGAUCUCAUGGCCUGUUUCUAUCACCUCAGGGCUGUGGUCAUAUAA